CGUCGAGCAUCCCUAGUCCGCAGGAAUCAGAAAUUCAGGAUGGGAAGUGGGAAUAUUGAUUGUGUACCCAUUCACUAAAUAAAAUAAAUCAAAAAUAUUUCGGCCUCACAGCGGCACAGUCGUUUAACGUGCUCGUAAUUAAUGACAUGUUAUUUGACGAAUCGGGUGCAAUUGGGAACGAGUGUCAUACAGUAAACAAAAAAUAAACUGCAAAUAAUUAUGUAUACAUGAACACAGUUAUUUAAAAAGAGAAGAUAGAAGCUGUGUAGCUUCGUCAUCCCACGAUGAACCCUGUAUCAUUGAACGGUGCUCACAACAGGCUCAUCCAUGAGGCCGACCAGCUCAUUUCCUACAUAGAACGCGGAACUUCCGUGCUCAAGUUCUCCCCGCGCAAGCGGCCCGAGCGUAACUUGCUCUCCGUCCGUCGUGAAACGCACCAAGUCAUAUGGUAUAAAACUGGAUCCCCUCAACGUCAUGCGUUCGAAGGAGCUAUCGAUAUCCGCGAAAUCAAAGAAGUGCGUUCAGGCAAGAACUCCAAAGAUUUCGACAAAUGGCCCGACGAGACUAAACGGCUCGAAAACACCAAGUGCUUCAGCAUUUUUUAUGGCAGCGAGUUUAAAUUACGAGUGGCUUCAUUUGCAGCAUCUACGGAUAAAGAAUGCGAGGCUUGGAAGCAGGGCCUCAGGUUCUUGAUAGAAGAGUCGACCAACACGUCGUUCCCCCUGCAGUUCGAGAGAUGGCUGAGGAAGGAGUUUUACGCCAUUGAAAAUGCGAACGAAAAGAUCUCAUUGAAAGAGGUAAAGGGGUUCUUGCCGAAGAUCAAUUGCAAGAUGGUCACCAAAGAUCUCAAAGACCUGUUCUCCGAGGUCGAUCUCAACCACGGCGGGGAGUUCUCCUAUGACGAGUUCAACUUGUUCUUUCAUAAGCUCACUUACAAUGUCAACACCCCGACGGAGAUAUACCGCAAGUUUUCGGCUUACUGUUCAAAGUCUUCCACCAUCACUCUGCGGGAGUUCCAGAGGUUUCUGAUCACGGAACAAAACGACCCGAUGGGAGAGGAUGAGGCCAGUGCAUCCCAAUUCAUGAGGGACUUCCUGAGGGACCCGCAGAGAGACGUCUCCGAGCCUUACUUCACACUAAGCGAGUUUGUGGAGAUGUUGUUUUCAAAACAAAACACCAUAUGGGACAGUCGCCAUGACCAAGUCACUCAAGACAUGACCAGACCUCUCUGCCACUACUGGAUUGCCUCCUCGCACAAUACAUAUCUGACGGGCGACCAGUUCUCCAGCGAGUCGACGGUGGAGGCGUACGCGCGCGUGCUGGCGGGCGGCUGCCGGUGCGUGGAGCUGGACUGCUGGGACGGGCCGGACGGCACGCCCUUCAUCUACCACGGACACACGCUCACCACCAAGAUCAAGUUCAUCGAUGUGUUGCGGACGAUCAAGGAGUACGCCUUCGUCGCGUCGGAGUACCCCGUGAUCCUGUCCAUAGAGGACAACUGCUCGUUGCCGCAGCAGCGCCGCAUGGCCGCCGCCUUCCAGGACGUGUUCGGGGACUCGCUGUUGACGGCGCCCGUCGACAAGGGCGAGACCGCGUUGCCGUCCCCGCACGACCUGCGCGGCAAGAUCAUCCUCAAGCACAAGAAGCUACCCGAAGGCGCCGAGGAGAGCUCGUUCGCCGUGCGGCAGGACGACGGCAAGGAGUUCGACCUGCGCAACACGCUGAAGAACGGCAUCCUGCUGCUGCAGGACCCGGUGGACCGCGAGUGGAACCCGCACGCCUUCGUGCUCACCGAGAGCAAGCUGCACUACACGGAGCACUACAGCGCGCCCGAGCCCGACGCGGACGCGGACGCCGAGGCGGAGCAGGCGCCGCGCGACGAGCUGCACGUGGCCGAGUGCUGGUUCCACGGCCGCCUCGCCGGCAACCGGCAGGAGGCCGAGGAGCUGCUGCGGCGGCACGCGCGCCUCGGCGACGGCACCUUCCUCGUGCGCGAGAGCGUCACCUUCGUCGGCGACUACUGCCUGUCGUUCUGGCGGCGCGGCGAGGUCAACCACUGCCGCAUCAAGCUGAAGCUCGACCGCGGCCUCACCAAGUACUACCUCAUCGACAGCGUCUGCUUCGACAGCCUGUACGACCUCAUCACGCACUACCGCCAGCACCCGCUGCGCAGCCAGGAGUUUCUCAUAACCUUGAAGGAGCCGGUGCCGCAGCCCAACAAGCACGAGGGCAAGGAGUGGUGGCAGGGCACGUGCUCGCGCGCGCACGCGGAGGAGCUGCUGCGCAAGGCCAACGUGGACGGCGCCUUCCUGGUGAGGCCCAGCGACAACGACCCCACGUGCUACGUCAUCAGCUUUCGGUCGGAGAAGGAGAUCAAGCACUGCCGCGUGAAGCGCGAGGGGCGCCUGUUCUCCAUCGGCGCGGUCAAGUUCGAGAGUCUCGUGGAGCUGGUCGCUUACUACGAGAGAAACCCGCUCUACAAGAAGGUCAAGCUGUGGCUGCCGAUCGGCGACGAGACGCUGCGCGGCAUCGCUUCUGACGCAGACGACGGGCCAGUGUACGGCACGCCCGGCUAUAUGGACCCCGCGGCGUUCUCUUCCAAGGUGACGGUGAAGGCGCUGUACGACUACCGCGCGCGGCAGGAGGACGAGCUGUCGUUCUGCAAGCACGCCAUCAUCACCAACGUGGACAAGCCGGACGAGGGCUGGUGGCGCGGCGACUACGGCGGGCGGCGCCGCCAGUGGUUCCCCGCCAAUUACGUGCAGGAGAUCGAGGCGCCGCACCUGCCCGACCUCCCGAGCCUGGAGAGCGACGCGGCCGUGCUGGGCUCGAUGCAGAAGGGCGCCGUGGACGUGGUCGGCGCCGUGGUGGAGCUCGUGCUGGCGGAGCAGGGCGGCGGCGUCGCGCGCUGGAUCGUGCGCGUGCAGAGCCCCGCCGCCUGCGCGCCCUUCGACAUGGCGGCGCCGAGUCGCGAGGUCGCCUUCGAGUGGCUCGCGGCGAUCAAAGAGGCCGCGCAGAGCGCCGACGAGAAGUCGCGCCGACACAAGAAGAUGGAGCGCGCGCUGCGCGUCGCCAAGGAGAUGUCUGACCUCGUCGUGUACUGCCGCUCCGUCGCGUUCGACCGCGAGCGGCUCGCGCGCGGCCCCGUCUGCGCCGAGAUGUCGUCGUUCCCUGAGACGAAGGCCGAGCGGCUCAUGUGCCAGCAGGAGCUCGCCUUCUUCCUGCGCUACCACCGCGCGCAGCUCAGCCGCGUGUACCCCAAGGGGCAGCGCAUCGACUCGUCCAACUACGACCCGGUGCAGUUCUGGAACGUCGGCUGCCAGAUGGUGGCGCUCAACUACCAGACGCCGGACCGCGCGAUGCAGAUCAACGUGGGCAAGUUCCGCGCCAACGGCGGCUGCGGGUACGUGCUGAAGCCGGAGGCGAUGCUGGCGGACGGCUACGCGCCCGCCGAGCGCGCGUCCGUGGCGCGGCUGGCGCGGCCGCUGGCCGUGCGCGUGUGCGUCGUCGCGGCGCGCCACCUGGUCAAGGCGAGCCGCGGGCCGCGCGUCGAGGUGGAGGUCAUCGGCGCCGACUACGACAGCGGGGUCAAGCUCACCACCCGGCCCAUCAGCAACUUCAUCAACCCUAUAUGGAACGAGAUGGCGGAGUUCACGGUGUCGUUCCCCGAGUUGGCACUGCUCCGGUUCGCCGUGCUGGACGAGGACGUGUUCGGGGACCCCAACGUGAUCGGCCAGGCCACCUACCCGUUGACCUGCUUACGCCCCGGCUACCGUAGCGUGCCCCUCUUGAACGGGUAUUCGGAGCCGCUGGAGGUAUCUUCCCUACUCGUCCACGCCGCCUUCGCCACGGGAGACUAACGACAUAAAUAUCGUGAAGAGACAAAAUUUAAAGCCACAAUAACUCCACGGUAAACUUGCUUCGAUCCCCGCCCUGAAGAGUUAUUAUGUAACGCGGUGUACCAUUCAAACAAUCAGUCACUGCAUCGUUUUUCAUCGUUUUUUAGUUUCUGCAAUCAUCUGACAUUGUGUUUUCAACGAAAUGACAUAACUAUCGUCAUUUUACGUAAAGUAAAAUUAAUAAAGUCUUAUUAGUAGCCCAUAGAUUUAGAUGAUCACUAAGACGAAUAUACGAUGAAAAUCGAUGUAGUGACUCAUUAAUUGGAUGGUACACCGAGAUACAUAAUAGGCUCGCUGGAUACAUAAUGUCGUAUUUACUAAAACAGUCUUUCUGACAAAUUGGUGAGGAACAGGAAAACAGAUCACUUACAUACAUGUUAUGCCAAAUAUUCUGAAAAAGAAAAACACAAUCGACCAAUGGCGGCUGGACCGGAAAUAUCGCUCUUUCGGUUUUUUUUAAAAGAAUAUUUGCCAUAUCUUUUCAAUAUGACCAGUUUUCCCAUUCUCCUCCAAUUAGUCAGAAAUUACUGUUAGGAGUGGGCACGUCAAUUGCCUACCGAACGGGGAUCGAACCACCACCUCUCGAUUUUUUACCAUUGAGCUAUUGAAGCGCAUUUUCUAUACUUAAUUACUUAUUGGUCGACAGUAUGUCAUUUUGUCUUCACGAGAUAAAUGUCUUGGGUCGCAUGUAAGGCCUACUUAUGACUAUAAUAGAUUCAAUGUAGGAUAGUGUGUCUGGCAGGUGUCUUAGAUGCGAAUAGGGAAUGAACUUUAUUAGUAAAUACUGAUUAUCGGUUCUCCGGUCCUAGUAUUCUCAAGGCAUUCUCAAUCUAUUUAUAUUAAAAUUAAAAAUUGACAUGAUUUACUAAAAUCUAAAAACUUCAGUGAGUAUGAUUUUCAGCGUCGCAUGGUUCUUCCCUAUUUUUGGACCAUCGAUCUCCCAUUAAAAAGUGGAUGCACAAUAAGCGACCAAAAAACGUCUUGGUAACACAACAUCUUGGCAUUCAAUUCAAGUAGUCGCAUUUGCAAAUUUAACCUUAAACUCAAGCCUUAAGGUUGAAUUUGCUCUGAAUUUGGAAUUUUAUUGAAUAUUGGACUAUAUUUAAAGGCGUUUAGGUAUAAUUUUCUUUACCAAUAAUUCUAAAACUGUCAAAGCAAAAUUGGCCAGUUUUAAGUGAAAUUUUCUAUUUGUCUAUUUGUGCGUGUUUUUAUUAUAAGAGGUCGAUGGUUGGGAUCAAUUACGACAUUAGCCGUCAGACAUUUUUAAAGAAAAUAAUAUAAAACUUUAUACGCGUUGACCUGUCGAGAUCACUACCCUGCAUUGAACAAACUAUAGGUUAUGAAAAUUUCUCGACUCUUAACUUGACUUUUUAUACGAAUUUGACUAAGAUUAAGGCGACAUAGAUCUCGCGUUUGUUUAUCAUGAUUCCUAUUCACAAACAAUUGAAAUGUUGCAUUUUCAUAUGUUUUUAAUCAUUAUAAGAAAUUUAACGUUUAUACUCGUAAUAAAUAAUAAUUGUAAUUAUUAUUAUCCAAACUUAGGCGUAAUAUUGACGAUUUUUGUCUGCUAUAUUCUAAUUACUUAGGUAUAUUGUAUUCUGUUUCAACUAAACUAUUUACAAGAAAAGAAACAGGUUAUAUUCGAGUGAGAGCAUUUAUUAUUAUAUACGCUAAUUUAUAUACACUUUACAUUAUAUAUCUAACUUUUGCGCAACAACUUUUAUGGCUCUUUACUGGCUAACGUUUUCAUCUUGUAUAAAUCACGUACUAACAAUAUUUAUGUAUAUGUCAGUAUAGUAACAAAUCACUUUAAAGUAGCGUCCACUUUUCUAAUUAUUGCAACAUUUUCGUAUUUUACGAUUCGCACAAUACUCAUUUGUUGGUUCUGUAGUAAAUAAGUAUAAAAAGGAUCUAUAGGCGUCCACGUAUCUUAAUAUACUCAUAAAAUUAAUGAAAAUUUUUUGAGUGACAAAAGGAGUUGAAGAUUUGUGAUGUAAGAUAAUACACUCGCAAUCAUUCGCCUAGUACCCGAAAAUAAACGAAUCUUCCAUUCAAAUGAUUACGCCAAUUUUGAGAAAAUGUAACAAAUAACAAAUUACGAUUAAGCCACCUUUUAUAAUAAUAUCCGCAUAGAAGUCUGCCCAUCCGUUUCGCAACUAUGAUACCACAAACUUACACACAGAUAUCCAUGUUAUGUUUUAUUAUAUAUUAAAAUCACUUCCUUACUCUUUAAAAGCAUAAAUUUCUCUAUAUAAAAACAAUAAUCUUUGAUUUUAAACAAUGAUUUUAAAUUACUUAAAUAUUAUCAUCAUUAUCAACCCAUAUUGCAUGGAGGUGCAUGCCCCGAACGGAUUCGAACCCACAGCGUCCGAAAUCGGAGGCAGAAGUCAUAUCCACUGGCCGGCUCUUAACAUUAAACACUUAAACAUUAUAUACAAUAAUUAGUUUUUCUCUGAUUAAUGAGUAGUUAUUUUUACUACCACAUUUGCGAGUGUAUUUUCUUUUCUUUACAAAACCGCCCACUAAGCGAAAUUAAUUUUGUGUAGUAAUAAAAUGUACGUGUUGUUGUUACUAUUCUGAGGGAUUCUUGUUCGGUGCUAUUUUGGGAGAUUCUUGGCCGGUGCAACUUUGAGGGAUUCUUGGUUGGUGCUACUGAGAGGGAUUCUUGGUUGGUGCUAUUUUGAAGGUUUCUUGUUCAGUGUAGUUUAAAGCUAAACUAAAUUGUUACUCGAAAAUACAUGUUAUGAUUAACUCUUAAAUUAAAACUAACGAUACAUACUCGGAUCCACUAGAUAAUAUUAAUAAUUAUUAUAACUUACUCGUAACUUGAUGUUAUGGUAAAUAAAAUUUUAACUAUAUUACAAAAGAAAUUGAAAUAUCUUUUUGGUGUGUUUUACGAAACAAAAUAGAGUAAAAGAUAAGUACGCCUUUUUUGCUAUAAAAUGGUUAAAAAAUAUUUUUAUAAAAUGUUUUAUAUAUAUAAAAUAUGUAGACGUACGUAGGUACAUAGAGCCAUUUCGUACAUCUUUGAGUUUUUUCUGAUUCUAUAUUUACUGUAGACUCCUUAUUGAGUCCACAGUAAACGGUCCAAUAAUGUGGGGAUAGAGUCUCUGUGAUUGUUUGUUAUGCUGUGUGACUUGGACCUUAGUUUACAGAUACGGGACCGAUGGAGUCAGUGGACUUAGGGGAGCUAAAUUUGCAGUUACUACAGCGUCAUUGGAAUUGAUUAGAUUUGGUAGAUUGGAUGAUACAAAGAAUAAAUGGUUAUAUACUUUUUGCUUUCAGCGGUGCGGAAAAAACUACAGACUUUUUUAUUACUUAGGCUUACUGAGGUUAGCGCGUUCAAACAAACAAACAAACUCUUCAGCUUUAUAAUAUUAGCAUAGAGUUUAGUAGGCCUUGAUGUCAGCUAUCAACCUGUAAAGUGUGUCGUAAUAUUUAUGGGACACCCUGUAUAUAAUUAGGGUUGUGGUUUUUUAGUGCUAUAUCACAGAGGUGGUAACUUUGAUAUGUGUGAUAUGAGCAUAGAAUGUUAGCGAUAAUUCAAAAAUCUACGAAAUAGCGUUAUUUAUAUUUUCGUAAAUGUAAGUGAAAAUUUUUGAUACGAUUUAGAGUCACCUCGAUUCUUUGAUGAUUGAUCUGUCAAAUGCAAAUGUUUUUCAAAUCCGACCACUGGGUGGAUCGAGAGAUUAGUGCCGUCAAAUAAUAAAACAUAUUUUUAAUAUUUAUUGUAUUAGUGUAAAUUAGAUUUUCUUAAUUCUAUACAUAUUUGGAAAUUAUAUAAAUGAGAUUGUUUUAUUGUACUUUACACGCAGGUUUGUUAUUUUUUUAACAACGAUGUUUUAAACUAUUGAUAUGUUACGUGCCUACAGAGUCACAGCAAAAAGUGAUCUGAAUUUUGCUACUCCGCUGAGCGCACACAAUGCACUAUUUUGUGUUGACAUACUUUUUUCUGUAAUUUUUACACUUCCUGAACACACAACUCGACAUUGUAAACAAUAUUUAGGUAUUACUUGUUAUAAGCGACUAAAUGAAAUGAAGACAAUUGCACAUUUGUCCGGCUCAGUUUUGAUGCGCUAGUGCCAUAUCUCUAGUAUAAAAUAUCGUUGUUUUUCUGUGUAGCCUCAUAUCCACUAUACCGAAGCCUUAUUCGCUACAUAGCAGGGGUUUCAAUUAAGGAGGAGUGCACUACUUCUAUCCCUAACCGUUCCGUUGGGUUCACCCUCCUUCCCAACACAGGGUUUUUAGCUUAAUCGUACGGAAAACUGGAAAUAUUAGUCAUGCUUAAAAACACAUAUCUGAUAUAUCUGAUAUAUAUAUUUUUUAAUAUGAAAUAAGCUACUUGAAAGCCAAGCUGUAUCUGGAAAGUUCAACAAACAAAUUAAAAAUGAAGGUAGGAAACAUAUGUCAUUUCAUACCUAUUUAAAAUUAGCUCAAACAGACAGACCAAAAAUCAUAAAUAAGCUUGAUUGUGUUUUAGUAUAGAGUAACAAUCGUGAACUCACAGACAGACACUUCAAUUUUAUUUAUUUGUUAAUUAUUUAUUUAUGUUUAUUAAUUAUUUAUAUUUAUUAAUUAUUAUUAAUUGUUUUUUUUUUUUUUUAUAAAAGUUAUAUAUCAUAUAUAAAUUUUCUAAGCUUAUUAAUCAAAUUUAAUAAGUUAUUUUUUUUAAUUAUUAUUUUUAAAAAAGACUAGCUAUGUAUACCCUCAUUUUUAAUUUGUUUGUUGAUAAACACUGCACAUCUAGUUUGGCUUUACUAUAGUAACUUUUACACCUAAAAGAGUCACAUAUCAAGACAAAUCUUUGCGUCAUCACGUAGCCCCCAUUCGCACGAGAGUUUUUUUAACGGACGUUAAAAAAGCGUUCAAUUAAGUACGUACGUACUUAAUAAGUAAGUACAAUACUGCUCGAAAAAAAGCGUCGUGUUUUAAAAACUUUAUCGUGUGAACGUAUUCUUGGGAAUGAAUUUGUUGUAUUUGAACGCUUUUUUAACGUUCAUUAAAAAACUCUCGUGCAAAUGAGGGCUUACACUAUGUCAUCAUAUUAGAAAAAAAAAUGUAUUGUGUUAAAAUAAUAAUAAAAAUCAAAGUUAAAGUCAAAAUUCAUUUAUUUAUAUGUACGCUAAGUUUACUUUUGAUACGUCAAGUUAUGUCUUAUGUCUUAAGUCAUGUUAUUAUGGUUAAAAGUAAAAUCGAAAACUUAAUAUAAAAAGGUAUGAGUGAUUCAACAUAGCCGAAGAACUAGAUAAUACAUUCAACCGGGUCCGAAAUAUGUGAGGACUGAGAUUUUCCUAAUUAGUCAAGGUCUGGCUGGUAAGAGACUUCGGUCGUACGCCAAGCGAUUUAGCGUUCCGGUAGCGAACGAAAGGGGUAUGGAUUUUCAUCCUCCUCCUAACAAGUUAGCCCGCUUCCAUCUUAGAUUGCAUCAUCACUUACCAUCAGGUGAGAUUGUAGUCAAGGGCUAACUUGUAAACAAUAAAAAAAGCAGUAUCUAUAGGUAUAGCAAAUCAAUAUGACCGUGACUUAACUCUGGAAUAAUUUGUUUACCAAUUCGAUAUCGAACACGUUUUCCGAGAUUGUUAUUCAGCGAAAACAAGCGACGUGAAUCGUAUACAGUGGAAUAACAAAUUAACUAUUUAUAACCAGCCGGGCCCAGCGGGGCAGUCUAGCCACCACAAUAAUCGGGACUAAAGAAAACAUCCUUGUACAUGUAUGUAUUUUUCAUAAAAAAUGUAUUCUGGAAAUUUUCUAGUUGCAAAAAAACAUGCAUACCACCAGACUGGACCUGAGCAAAUUUAAAAUCCAGAAUAGUGAUGAUGACUAGGUUUUAAUAUAUUGAUUUUUAUGAUACACUAGCGGACGCCCGCGAGUUCGUCCGCGUGGAAUUUAGUUUUUCGCAAAUCCCUCGGGAACCAUGGAUUUUUCCGG